AUGGCGACUCGAUUUGGAACAUACGACGAUGAUGCCGUCUGGACUAGAGGAACGUACGAAAUGAGGCCGAGAAGUCCAGGACCAGUACCACCAUCUAAUAUGAACAAUGGAGCUGGCUACUAUAACUCUCAGGGAAAUAUUCCUCAUACAACGAUGGUUCACUCGAGUAUGAAACCAGUUCCUGAUUCGGAUAUUUACAAGUAUGUUUUUUUUGGUAUUUUGAUUUUGUUUUUUUGGAGUCUAUAAGGAAGAGAGGAGGUUUGUUGUUUUAAAAGCAUGAAAGUGUUACCUAAAAUUUGUUUAUUUCUGUUGUUUUUAUCUAUUUUGACAUUUUUUGUUUAGAGUCGGGAUUUACGGAUGGCGGAAAAGGUGUUUGUAUGGAUUUAUUGUGUUGUUGACGAUUGUGAUUGUUGUCAAUCUGGCUUUGACAUUGUGGAUAAUGACAGUUUUGGACUUUAAUUCGGUAAGUGCUCAAUUUGUAGUGUUUUUAUUCUUAGGACGGAAUGGGAGCUAUGAAGAUUAAUGAUGAAGGUAUUCGAGUUGAAGGGAAAACGGAGUUUGAUCGACCAGUCAAGUUUUCGGAAUUGUCAACACCGGAAGUGAGUUAUCUAUAGUUAAGAUAUUAUAAAACGUAUAUUGUUAUAACUAUUGUCAUUUUGAUAAAAAUUAUUUUCAGGAUGAAGCAUUGUUUAUCGAUUCAGCUUCUGGAGUCUACAUUAACGCCAGAAACUUGAGUGGUCAAACCACAGCUGGAUUGAGUCUGAAUCCGGAUGGAAAAAGUUCAGUCGUGUGUGAGAGGUUCGAAGUCUUGAACAUGGAUCACAAACUCUUGUUUUUCGUGGAUUCUGACGAAAUCGGGCUCAAAUUGGAAAACUUGAGGAUUCUGGAUGACGGUGGAAGUGUAUUUGAAGGAGCGGUUCAGACGUCUUCUAUUCAACCAGAGGCUGAUACUCCCUUAAAGUAUGUUUUAGUUGCUAAUUCGAAUGUUUUUAAAACAUAUUUUGUAACACAGUAUAUCUUUGUUUAGAAAGUGUUGACUAAUCGAUGUUUCAUGAAGUAAAGUGACUUAUUUUCAGAUUGGAGUCUCCCACAAGAAACCUUGAGGUUGAUGCGGCUCAAGACAUUGAACUUUUGAGUGGAGCUGGGGAGAUUCAAUUGAACUCUUUGUUGGACAUUAGCUUAAAUUCUAAGAAUGGAGAAGUAAGGUUAGAUGCUGGCAACAUUUACAUGGCCGGCUUGGAAAGAAGCAAUGGAGUUGGUCAAUCUCAACUUCAACUUUGUGUUUGCCAAGAUGGAAAGCUGUUCUUGGCCGCUCAGCGAGCAGAUUGUCGGGCUGAUAGAAGUAUUUGUGAAUAA